CGCCGCGAUGGGCGGUGCGUCCCCGGGACGUCUCUCAAGAUGGCGGCGCCCCCAGACAUGGAGCCGCCCGCAGCCCUGAGCCUGGAGCUGCUCCCGACCGACCCGCUGCUCCUCAUCCUCAGCUUCCUCGACUACCGGGAUCUGGUGAAUUGCUGCUAUUUAAAUCGAAGACUGAAUCAGCUGUCAAGCCAUGAUCCAUUGUGGAAAAGACACUGCAAGAAAUACUGGCUUAUUUCAGAAGAGGAGAAAAGCCGACGGAAUGAGAGCUGGAAAUCCAUCUUCAUCAGCACCUACUCCGACCUGGGGAGGUACAUCCGCUACUAUGCCACCCUGAAAAAGGCCUGGGAUGACCUGGUGAAAUACCUGGGACAGUGGUGUCCCCGCAUGAUCGGCUCUUUGAAAGAGAGUGUGAGGGAGGAAGACCUGGAUGCUGUGGAAGCGCAGAUACGUUGCAAACUCCCGGAUGAUUAUCGAUGUUCAUUCCGCAUCCACAACGGGCAGAAGUUGGUUGUGCCUGGUCUGAUGGGAAGCAUGGCCCUGUCCAACCACUACCGCUCCGAGGAUCUGCUGGACAUCGACACAGCAGCUGGAGGGUUCCAGCAGAGGCUGGGGCUGAAGCAGUGCCUCCCCCUCACCUUCUGCAUCCACACUGGCCUGAGCCAAUACAUGGCCCUGGAGAAGGUGGAGGGACGGAAUAAAUAUGAGAUCUUCUACCAGUGUCCAGACCAAAUGGCUCGAAAUCCAUCUGCUAUUGUUAUGUUCAUUACAGGUACAUCCUACUUGGAAUGGUUUACAUCCUAUGUAAACAAAGUUGUAACUGGAGGUUAUCCCAUCAUCAGAGACCAGAUUUUCAGGUAUGUGCAUGAUAAAGAAUGUGUUGCUACCACAGAAGAUAUUACUGUGUCUGUGUCCACCUCUUUUCUGCCUGAACUCAGUUCUGUACAUCCACCACAUUAUUUCUUCACUUACAGAAUCAGAAUUGAAAUGUCCAAAGAUGCUCUUCCUGAGAAGACGUGUCAGCUGGACAGUCGAUACUGGAGAAUAACAAAUGCCAAAGGCGAUGUGGACGAAGUCCAAGGUCCUGGAGUAGUUGGGGAGUUUCCAAUUAUCAGUCCAGGGAGAGUCUAUGAAUACACCAGCUGUACUACGUUUUCCACAACAUCUGGAUACAUGGAGGGCUAUUACACCUUCCAUUGCCUCUACUACAAGGACAGAUUCUUUAAUGUCACAAUUCCCAGAUUUCAUAUGGUGUGUCCAACAUUCAAGGUGUCUACAGCAUGAAUGGAAACAAAUCCUAAUGAGCCUGCAGUGGAUGAAGACGAAGAUUCCACAGCCACAGAUGACACUAAAGAUCAAUCCAGGGUGUUGGACAUUCCUGAGCCCUCUGGGUGCUGCCCAC